CUGGAUUGUCCAUUCCCUUCGUCUCCCCUCUGAGCCUUGUUUCUCGAUCCGCAGUAACCAUUGUGCUCACCACAGCCCGGGUUGGCGCCUGGGAGGGAAAGCGUUCGGUGUAUUCACCGCCGGGGGCGGGAAAUCUGAAUUGUAAGCUGUCAAAAACCAAUUUUUAAGAGUGGCUUCUACAUGGAACUAGGUUGGGAGCCCUGGCUUUCGCCCUGGCCCUGGAGGCAGCCUCCUCGCUUCUUUCUCCCAAUUUUUACUUCCCUUUCCCUCUUUUUCCUCCCCUACCUCUCUCCACAUCACCUCCUUUCCUUCUCUCUGUCUUUAUCCGCCCCCCCUCCUCUCUCUCUCUGUCUCUCCCUCUCUUUCUCCCUCUCUCUAUCUCUCCCUAUCUCUGUCUCUCCUUGUAUCUCUCUCUCUGUCUCUCUCUCCCUGUCUCUGUCUGUCUUUCUCUCUCUGUGUCUCUCCAUUUCUGUUUCUGUCUUCCUCUGCUCUGUCUCUCUCUGUCUCUGUCUCUGUGUUUCUCUGUCUCUCUGUCUCAUUCUCUCUCUGUCUCUGUUUCUCUGUCUCUCUGUCUCAUUCUCUCUCUCUCUCUCUCUCUCUCUCUCUCUGUCUCUGUUUCUCUGUCUCUGUCUCAUUCUCUCUCUCUGUCUCUGUCUCUGUUUCUCUGUCUCUCUGUCUCAUUCUCUCUCUCUGUCUCUGUCUCUCUCCCAGAUAGGGAGAUAGAUAGAUAGAUAGAUAGAUAGAUAGAUAGAUAGAUAGAUAGAUAGAUAGAUAGAUAGAUAGAGAGAUAGAUAGAGAGAUAGAGAGAGAUAGAGAGAGACAGACAGACAGAGAUACUGUCUCUCUUUGUAUCUCUCUGUGACUCUCUCUCCCUGUCUCUGUCUGUCUUUCUCUCUCUGUGUCUCUCCAUUUCUGUCUGUUUCUCUGUCUUCCUCUGCUCUGUCUCUCUGCUUCUGUGUUUCUCUGUCUCUCCCUCUCUUUCUCCCUCUCUUUCUGCCUGUCUGUCUCUCUCCCAAUCUGUCCCUAUCUCUGUCUCUAUAUAUGUCUCUCCAUUUCUGUCGGUUUCUGUCUUCCUCUGCUCUCUCUCUCCCUCUGCUCGAUCUCUGUCUCCUUAUGUCUCUCUCUGUCUCUCCCUCUCCCUCUCCCUAUCUCUGUCUCUCUUUGUAUCUCUCUCUCCCUCUGUUUCUCCCUCUCUCUAUCUCUCCCUAUCUCUGUCUCUCUUUGUAUCUCUCUCUCUCUCCCUAUCUGUCUCUCUCCCUGUCUCUGUCUGUCUUUCUCUGUGUCUCUCCAUUUCUGUCUGUUUCUCUGUCUUCCUCUGUUCUGUCUCCUCUGUCUCUCUCUGUCUCAGUCUCUGUGUUUCUCUGUCUCUUUCUCCCUCUCUCUGUCUCUGUCUCUCUCUCCCUAUGUCUCUCUGUAUCUCUCUCUCCAUCUCUUUCUCUGUCUCUUUCUCCCUCUCUUUCUGUCUCUAUCUCUCUCCCUAUCUGUUUCUCUCUCCCUAUCUCUGUCUUUCUCUAUAUGUCUCUCCAUUUCUAUCUCUCUCUGUCUUCCUCUGCUCUCUCUCUCUCCCUCCUCUGCUCUGUCUCUGUCUCCAUGUGUCUCUCUCUCUGUCUCUGUCUCUCUCUCCCUAUCUCGGUCUCUCUUUGUAUCUCUCUCUCCAUCUCUGUCUCUGUCUCUCCCUAUCUCUGUCUGUCUUUCUCUGUGUGUCUCUCCAUUUCUGUCUGUUUCACUGUCUUCCUCUAAUGUGUCUCUCUGUCUUUGUGUCUCUAUUUCUGUCUCUCCCUCUCUUUUUUCCUCUCUUUCUGUCUCUCUCCCUGUUUCGCUCCCUAUCUCUAUCUUUCUCUAUAUAUAUCUCUCCAUUUCUGUCUCUCUCUGUCUCCUCUGCUCUCUCUCUCCCUCCCUCUGCUCUAUCUCUGUCUCUAUGUGUCUCUCUCUGUCUCUCUCUCCCUAUCUCUGUCUGUCUUUGUAUCUCUCUCCCCAUCUCUGUCUGUCUUUCUCUCUCUGUGUGUCUCUCCAUUUCUGUCUGUUUCUCUGUCUUCCUCUGCUCUGUCUCUUUCUGUCUCCUCUGUCUCUCUCUGUCUCUGUCUCUGUUUCUCUGUCUCUCCCUCUCUUUCUCCCUCUCUCUGUCUCUCUCUCCCUAUCUCUGUCUCUCUUUGUAUCUCUCUCUCCAUCUCUGUCUCUCCAUAUCUGUCUGUUUCUCUGUCUUCCUCUGUGCUCUGUCUCUCUGUCUCCUCUGUCUCUCUCUGUCUCUGUCUCUGUCUCUGUUUCUCUGUCUCGCCCUCUCUACCUCUCUUUCUGUCUGUCUGUCUCUCUCUCCCUGUCUCUGUCUCUGUUUCUCUGUCUCUCCCUCUCUUUCUCCCUCUCUCUGUCUCUCUCUCCCUGUCUCUGUCUCUGUUUCUCUGUCUCUCUUUCUCUUUCUCCCUCUCUCUGUCUCUCUCUCCCUAUCUCUGUCUCUCUUUGUAUCUCUCUCUCCAUCUCUGUCUCUCCCUGUCUCUGUCUGUCUUUCUCUCUCUGUGUCUCUCCAUUUCUGUCUGUUUCUCUGACUUCCUCUGCUCUGUCUCUCUCUGUCUCCUCUGUCUCUCUCUAUCUCCGUCUCUGUGUUUCUGUCUCUCUGUUUCUUUCUCCCUCUCUCUGUCUCUGUAUCUCACUCCCUAUCUCUUCUCUCUGUAUCUCUCUCUCCAUCUCUUUCUCUGUCUCUUUCUCCCUCUCUUUCUGUCUAUCUCUCUCCCUAUCUGUUUCUCUUUCCCUAUCUCUGUCUUUCUCUAUAUAUGUCUCUCCAUUUCUGUCUCUCUCUGUCUCCUCUGUCUCUCUCUCCCUCUGCUCUGUCUCUGUCUCCAUGUGUCUCUCUCGGACUCUCCCUCUCUCUCUCCCUAUCUCUGUCUCUCUUUGUAUCUCUUUCUCCCUCUCUGUCUCUGUCUCUCUUUUUCCCUCUCCGUCUCUCCCUCUCUUUCUCUCUGUCUCUCUCUCUCCCUAUCUCUGUCUCUCUUUGUAUCUCUCUCUGACUCUCUCUCCCUGUCUCUGUCUGUCUUUCUCUCUCUGUGUCUCUCCAUUUCUGUCUGUUUCUCUGACUUCCUCUGCUCUGUCUCUCUCUGUCUCCUCUGUCUCUCUCUAUCUCCGUCUCUGUGUUUCUGUCUCUCUGUUUCUUUCUCCCUCUCUCUGUCUCUGUAUCUCACUCCCUAUCUCUGUCUCUCUGUAUCUCUUUCUCCCUCUCUUUCUGUAUAUCUAUCUCUCUCCCUAUCUCUGUCUUUCUCUAUAUAUAUGUCUCUCCAUUUCUGUCUCUCUCUGUCUCCUCUGCUCUCUCUCUCCCCCUCCUCUGCUCUGUCUCUGUCUCCAUGUGUCUCUCUCUGUCUCUGUCUCUCCCUAUCUCUGUCUCUUUGUAUCUCUCUCUCCAUCUCUGUCUCUGUCUCUCCCUAUCUCUGUCUGUCUUUCUCUGUGUGUCUCUCCAUUUCUGUCUGUUUCACUGUCUUCCUCUGCUCUGUCUCUCUGUCUCCUCUGUCUCUGUCUCUGUGUUUCUCUGUCUCUCCCUCUCUUUCUCCCUCUCUCCCAAUCUGUUUCUCUCUCUGUAUCUCUGUUUUUCUCUAUAUAUGUCUCUCCAUUUCUGUCGGUUUCUGUCUUCCUCUGCUCUCUCUCUCCAUCUCUGUCUCUAUCUCUCCCUAUCUCUGCCUGUCUUUCUCUGUGUGUCUCUCCAUUUCUGUCUGUUUCUGUCUUCCUCUGCUCUCUCUGUCUCCUCUGCCUCUCUCUGUCUCUCUCUGUGUUUCUCUGUCUCUCCCUCUCUUUCUCCCUCUCUUUCUGUCUCUGUAUCUCUCUCCCUAUCUGUUUCUCUCUCCCUAUCUCUGUCUUUCUCUAUAUAUGUCUCUCCAUUUCUGUCUCUCUCUGUCUCCUCUGUCUCUCUCUCCCUCUGCUCUAUCUCUGUCUCCAUGUGUCUCUCUCUGUCUCUCCCUCUCUCUCUCCGUAUCUCUGUCUCUCUCUGUAUCUCUCUCUCCCUCUCUGUCUCUGUCUGUCUGUCUCUUUUUCCCUCUCUGUCUCUCUGUCUCCUCUGUCUCUCUCUCUCCCUAUCUCUGUCUCUCUUCGUAUCUCUCUCUGUCUCUCUCUCCCUAUCUCUGUCUCUCUCUCUCCCUGUCUCUGUCUGUCUCUCUCUGCGUGUCUCUCCAUUUCUGUCUGUUUCUCUGUGUUCCUCUGCUCUGUCUCUCUCUCUCGGUCUCUGUCUUUGUCUCUCUCUCUUCUCCUCCGUUUUCUGCCCUCCCCAUCCAUUCUUCCCCCCCAAUCCCCCGGGCUUUCUUAGGGUCUCUUAUGCAGCCCCCCCAAUACUAAGGCAGUAAACAAAUGAUCUGCCCCACCCUUGAAGAACUUACUUGGUCCGCAGAGUAAAUGCAGGGUUUCCCCAAAGGCUCAGAACUGCUUCAGGCUUGUUCCUGGUCGUUUUUAGGGCUAGGUGCUAAAGGGGUGGAGGAGGAGGAGAUAGAGGAAGGCCUCUCAUAGGAGGCACUUCAGUUGGGGCCCAGGGAGGCUCUGGGGGACUCUGAAGAGGCCCAGGUGAGAAGGGAAAGCUUCCCAGGCAGCACCUUUUGGGGCAGGCAGUGCAGGGAUGUGGAGCCAGAAAGGAACAUUGCACAGCAGAGGCCAGUUAGGUCUUACCAGAAAAGAGUGUCUGAAAGGGACUGAUGGAUUAUAGACGUGAGGGCAGCUAGGUGGCUCAGUGGAUAGCACCACAGGUCUGGAGUCAGGAAGACCUGAGCUCAAAUCCAGCCUCAGACACUUUCAAGCCAGGUGCCCUGGGCAAAGUCACUUAACCCCCACUGCCUAGCCCUUACUGCUCUUCUGCCUUGGAACUGAAACAGUGUUGAUUCUAAGACAGAAGAGGAGGGUUCUAAAAAGGAAAGAAAAUAUAUCAGUUCCAGGCCUGGAGAUGGGAGGUCCUAGAUUCAAAUGUGGCCUUGGACACUUCCUAACUGGGCAACCCUGGGCAAGUCAUUUCACUGUUUGCCUCAGUUUCCUUAUCUGUAAAAAGAACAGGAGAAGGAACUAGCGAACCACUCCAGGAUCUCUGCCAAGCAAAGCCCAAAUGGAGUCCCCAAGAGUCUGAUAGGACUGAAAAAUGACUGGCUAGUCAUAGACCUAGAGAGAUUAGCUUAGAAGCAGCGUGGGCAGCUCCCAAGUGAGGUUGCGGUUCUUGGUGGAGGUGAGGGCUUCCAGAUUGGGGGAGGCCCCUUUGUUUAGGAAAUCCCGUGCCUAGCCGUGGGGAGAGCAGGUUGGAGAGGGCAGGAAUUGAGUCUAGGGAUGGUAAAGGCUGGCCCCAAGGGCUGCAUCAGUGGAGAGAGGAACAAGGAUGGAUGAGGGAGAUGCUGGUUAAUGGACAAGCCUGGACCACCGAUUGGAUGUGUGAAAAGGGCGGUAGGGAAUGCCUCACGCCCAUUUGGAGGUAGCUGGUGAUGGGGGUUUGGAGCUCUGGAGGGCCGCAGGCGCUGGGUAUGCAGAUGCAUGCGGGCUAGAACUGAGACCCAAGUGUUCUUGGCUUCCCUGUCUGCCCCUCCCCUUUCCUUCCUCUUUCUCCAGCUUUGCCCCCUCCCUUCUUUCCCACUUUCUUAUCUGCUCUUCCUUUCUUUCUUCCCCACCUCCUUUCUCUUGCUCCCUCCCCCACCUCCCUUCUUCUUCCCCUCCCUCCCUCCAGCUCUCACCCCUGGGCUCUGGGCCGCUCUCCCACUGGGAUGGCCAAGCUCAGACUUGCAGUGCAGUAUUUCAUCAGGCUAAUUGCUAAUCUCCUGAAAGUAAAGGGCUCUGCUGCUGGCUGCCCGGGGGCAGGACACCCGGGGCUGGUGUGCUGGGAGGAGUCCGGGGCCCAGGGGCUCUGCUCCCUCCGUCCCCAGGAUCCCGAGGGUCCCAGGAAGCUUCAGGCUGGCCGUGGAAAUCUGGGCUGGCCCUUCUGCAAGUGUACUUCCCAUCGGGCUGCCAUUGCGAUUGCACCACCCCAAGAGCCCCGAUUGCCUGAGUGUUAAUCACUGCUCCGAGUUUCUUAAUCCUCUCUUGAAAAAAUGGGACUGUACUGUAAUUCUCCAGAUCAACAAGUCUGAAGCCUGGCUGCCAGGACCCAAAGCAGCCCGGGAGCCAGACGCCGACGGCCUUCCCGCCCAGUAAGGGGAAAGGGUGCAGAGCUGGAGGGACCGGCUCUCGCGAAUUUCCUGCAUGGCCUCUCACGGAACCUCAGUUGCAUCCAGUGGGACUCGAGGGGAUGGCAGGGAUGGCCCACGUCCUGCAGUCCCGCCUAGCUCAAUGGCCUCCUGAGUCACUGGAGAGAUCUCUACCUGUGCCCUAAAGUGCCAGACUUUCGAGUGCUCCAGGCCCACUUCAGUGCCUACCUGUGCUUUCCCCCCAAGAAAUGAGAAGAGUGAACCUAGUCAUUAUGCAGAUGUUACUCUAUAACUUCACUGAAAGAAGCAUCCUAAGCUUGUGGAAAUGAAUGAAAGAAGGCACUUGGCAGCAGCACCCAAGGGAAAAAACUUGUACUGUGGGAAGACCUUUUGUCUAUUCAACAGAGUCAAUCCUGGCCUAGGAAUGCAUGUGCCAGUCAGGUAAGGAUGGGAGAGCUUUUCCUAUCUCCCAGAUUCCAUGCCAGAAAGGCUUCCACCAAGAGAAGUGGGCAUUGGGCACAGGAGAGGUCUUGUCUGGUUUUGCCUAUUCCCAAGUAUGGAAGCAUGACCUCUGAAGAGGGAGGAAGAGCCUGCCUGGGGAAAUGCCCAGCACCCUUGGCUGCUCGAGGUGGGCUGCGGUAAGGGGAGAAAUGACCUCAUCAUCCUUUCCCAUCUUGGAUCACUCUGAUGCACUGCGUUUCAGCAAAGGGCCAGGAUUCUGGGACUUGGGGCUCUGCCCACUCCCCCCUGGCUCAGGGAGUUCCUUUUCUCACAGCUCUAGUUGUGAGUCACCCACCAAAACAAACAAACAUUUCCUUGUAUGAAGUAAGCUCAUAGAUGGAGUGGGGUGGGGUGGGAAGGGACCCCAGAUGCCUGCCUACCCAGCCAUGAUGGUUUGGAGGCUACUUCCCUCCACCCUUCCUCUCUCUUGUCCUCUCUCCUCCUGAGGCUAAGAAAUGGUCCUGCCAUUUCUUAGGUCCUGACAUCCUGCAGAGGACCAUUUCUAGCUUUCUCUACAUCUAUUAAUCGCUGGCUAGGACUUCUUUUUUUAACCCAGAAUGGAGGAGGAGAUGGAGGUUGGCAGAGUGGGUGAUACAGGGCUCCCAUCCAUCUCCAUAAUUUCCAAUUUGCCAGUCUACCCAUCCUCUUGUCCACCUAGCAACCUCUUACCCAUUCUAGUCUUUUUUAAAAACCCUUACCAUCUGUCUUGGAAUUAAUACUAAGUAUCAGGUCUAAGGCAGAAGAGCAGGAAGGGCUGGGCAAUGGGAGUUAAGUGACUUGCCCAGGGUCACACAGCUAGGAAGUGUCUGAGGUCACAUUUGAACCUAGGAUCUCCCAUCUCUAGGCCUGGAUCUCUAUCCACUGAGUCAUCUAUUUGCCCCUCCAGGCUUCUUUUUAAAAUUAAGGGGGUCAAGGGGUUAAACUAGAUAAUUUCUAAAGUCUCUUCCAGCCCUCAGCCCUAACAUCUUGAAGCUAGAAGAGAUUUCCUUCCCUCUCUCAAUGCAGGAAUCCUGUCUGUACAUCAUUCCCAACAAUGGCCUCUACUUAAAGAUCUCAAAUAAUGGGUUAACAGCCACCUACCCUGCAUAAAAUCACAAUACCAUUGAUCUCCCACUCAGUGCAAGAAACACUUCUCCAAUCUUCCCAUGUGGCCAUCCAGCCUCCAAGUAGAGAUCUUGGGCAAGUCAUUUCCUCCCCUUGGCCUCAGUUUCCUCCUUUGUAAAAUGAGAAAGUUGCUUGGACUAGAUAGUUCUAGACCUAUGAUGAUCUGAUGUCUGGUGUGACUGGGAAGAUGGGAAAGGUAGGUCAGUUGGAUGGUGACAGAGAUGGAAGCCAGCUUUCUCCUGUUCUCAGAAGUCACAGCCAUCACCAGAUAACUGUUGGGAGUUUCAUAGCUGGGCCUGUACCACCCCCACAGAACUCUCUCAUAGCAUCCCCUCAAUUUGGUGCCAUUGGUAAAUGUGUCCAAUUCAAGGCCAUACUCAACCUAAGGGGGCUCGAUCCAAGGCCCAGAUAAACUUCAGAACAUCCCUAGACCAAC